AUGGCUCCGUCCAGAGCACCCGCCCUUGAGCCGGCGGCGGGUUUUUCGCUCGACUCAAGACCCGACCGGCCUGAUCGUGUGCCCCUUGCAAAGGGCGAAUUCUCCGUUGCGUCCAGAGCUUUGGCUUUGUCGACCUAUUUCUUAUCGGGUGCAUUGGCUAUCAAUAUCUCCCAAUUUCUUGGGGCGCCAUUGCGCGCGAUUAACGAGGACUGGUACAAUGCAUGGAUUGCAUUCACCAAGCAGUCCUUCGGAUUGCUCACCAUGACCCUCACCCAGACGUUUGCGCCGACAAAGGUCAUCGUCUCGGGAGACAAAUCGGUGCGAGGACAACUGCUGAAAUCGACCGAGGGAGACUUGAUUUUGGAUUUCCCGGACCGGCUUGUUCUCAUUGCAAACCAUCAAAUCUACACUGACUGGCUUUACCUGUGGUGGAUAGCCUACUGCAAUGGGAUGCACGGUCGCCUCUACAUUGUCCUGAAAGAAUCACUGCGCAAGAUUCCGGUCAUCGGAUGGGGGAUGCAGCUGUAUCAGUUCAUCUUCUUGAAGCGCAAUUGGGAACAGGAUAAGCCGAACAUGGCCAGCGCACUGCAAAGGCUCAACAAACCCACGGAUCCGAUGUGGCUUCUGCUCUUUCCCGAAGGGACCAACCUUGCUCCCAGCACUCGCAAACGAAGCGCCGAAUGGGCAAAGAAGAAUAACAUUCCCGACACAAGACACGUCCUCCUCCCUCGAAGCACCGGCCUACAGUUUUGUCUCGAGGAACUCAAGGACACUGUGGACUACCUCUACGACUGCACGAUCGUAUAUGAAGGGGUCCCCCGUGGGCAGUACGCACAAGACAUCUUCACUCUGAAAGCCGGCUAUUUAGAGGGCCGGCCUCCGAAAUCCGUCAGCAUGCAUUGGCGCCGAUUUGCGGUCAAGGAGAUCCCGCUGCACAACGACAGAGCAUUUGAACUCUGGCUUAGAGCCCGCUGGCGUGAAAAGGAUGUCAUGAUCGAAGAGUACUACCAGACCGGCAAACUCCCAGCCGACUAUGGCGCCACGAAAUAUAAAUCCGGUAAGGUCCUUCGGGGAUGCGGACAUAUGGAAGUUCCCAUUCGCGCCAGUCGUUGGUACGAGUUUCUCCAGAUUUUUGCUCCGAUGGGGAUCCUCGCGAUGAUUUUGUACAUCUUCUACGGCGACCUGCCGAAGCGGUUCUGGAAGAGCAUCAACAAGCAAGCGCUCCAAGCAGGAACAGAGGACAUCAAGAAAGCCGGCAUUCAAGCCGGGAAAGGGGUCCAAUCUGCCUCUUCCGCCCUGGGUGGCUUGACGUUGGACUCAUUCUUUGAACCCGGGAAGCAGGAAGAGACUUUCGCAGCCGGAGCCGUGGCCGUCCAGAAGCUCCUCACCUCACCCCAGGCGCAAACUCUUCUGAACCGCGCCGACUUCAUCCAGGCAUUCCUGUCGGACCCCCAGAAGCUGGUCCAGGACAGCAUUACGGAUACACAGCAGAAUUUCAUGCAACAAUUAGCCCAGGAAGAAGCCAAGAGACAACAAGGGAGAGUAGCCUCUACUGGUCAUACGGUCCCAUUGAAACCUGCCACCAACACGACGGCGAACGGCGGAUUUUGGAACAAGAUCGAAGCAGAAGAAAAGAGCCGGCGUGGCUCCGUCGUCUCCAAGACCCCCCAAAAGAGUACAUUCUGGAACGACCUGAAGGCCGAAGAGCAGAGCAGACGGGGCUCUGUCAUAUCCGUCCCGACAUCGACCAGUUCUCGACAGUCAAAAGGCACAUUCUGGCAGGAUCUCAAGGCAGCUGAGGAGAAGAAGGCAAACAACACCACGACAACAAAGACGCCCCUUGCGAAGAAUGGAAGCAAGAAUCUCGCUCUCCCCAAGGGAAACUUUUGGGACGCGGUCAAGGCCGAGGAGAACAGUCGGUACGGGACGGUGACAACGUUAUCGAGUAACGCAUCCACGGCUGUUGCUUCCACCACUUCCGCGCCAGGAAAGACAGUCCUUGGCCCGCCGCCGAAGCCCGGCUUGACGAAAGCCCCCGCGAAGCUCGAACCGGGUCCAGCAAAAAAACCGCCUGCCACCCAGAAUGCGUCAAAGCCGACCACAAAUGGGCAGAAGACUACUGCUGCGGCGGCCCCGGCGGCGACCUCACGCCCGGCACAGAAGAAAGAAGCGACCCCGACCACGACGACACAUGUGAGCAAGAAGCCCGCAUCCUCGACUCCUGGGAAACCAGCGAACCCAGCCUCGAAGACCAAAGCCAGCACAAGCACCGCGUCGAAAGCAACUCCGAUCAAGCCGUCGUUGUCGCCCUCGACCGUCUCCAAGACUGCCAAGCAGGCGUCUUCCACAAACCCGACUCCAGCGCGGAAGUCCAAGAUCAUUACCACGAAAGAAGCCAACGCGGCGGCGGCGUCUCUGCCAAAGAACAAAACCAACACACCCACGCAGCCGCCGCGAACCACCGCGGCAGCCUUGAAAAAGCCUAGCGCACAGAACAGGUCUGGCCCAGAUCCCACGAAACCCUCACACUUGCCCUCUCCCGCCGCCGCCGCCCCCGCCGCCACGCAGAAACCGGCGGGGAUGAAGGCAAGCAGCGUAAGCAGCAAGGCUGGGCCAGGUCCAAAGGCAAAGAAGAACACCACGAUGACGACGACGAACAACGGCACUGCGCUGUCGAAGUCGAAGACUUAA